AGUCACUGAAGCUAUUGGAGACAGGAGGGUUCCUCAUCAUGGGUACCAUCCAGCUGGUGAUCAUCAGCAUCACGUUCUUAGCUUCUCUGCCCAGCCAGGCUCAGGGGUGCCUCUCCGAGAAUGACUGCUGCAAUCGGAGCAGAAUCCUCACUUUUGAGGCACACUUCCGAGACUCCAAGCCUUCUCCCUUGUCCAUGGCUCCUUCCGCGACGGAUUCCGCAAUGGAUUGCCAAGCGUCUUCUCGAGGCCCCGUGGCCAGACGAUCCAUCUCUCCUUGGAGAUACAAGAAAGAUUUCGACGCAACACGAUACCCCCAGAACCUCUGGCACGCUUCGUGCUCCUGUGAACAUUGCCUGUCCUUCCAUUCUUCUGGUCGCCAGAACCUGAGGACCUACAACACCUUGGAAGUCAAGGGCAACUCGGUCAUUAUCCAGCACAACACCAUUGUCUUCUAUAGGCACGAAUGCCCUGGGAGACACGGCUGGUUCUAUCUGCAGCCCCGUAAUUAUUUGGUGAAUGUGUCAUGCGCGUGUGUGGUGCCCAUGCACUCAAGCUAGGUGCAUGAAAAUGCAAGCUCUUAAAAGCAGCUAUUUUUUCCCUGGGACUGCUCCCCCCCUCCCCAAUCAUUCAGUGAUGGAACUGGAAAUAUUUUAGCUUCCCUCUGGCCAUGCCUGUUUGGGCCCUGAAUUUGUAGGAUCCUCCUAGCAAAACAGGGGCUUUAAUUCAGAGACAGGGACCUCUCUGAUCAUGUGCAGAGUUUCCUCUCUCUGCAGUCAGUGACCACCCACCCACCCAAAUCUGGCCAUUAGGAGGGUCUGUGAGCAGGUCGCUUCUAGGCAAAAGAAAUGAGUGUCUCCCCCCCCCCAAAAGCAAAGAGAGGUAAAACCUCAGGACAGCCGA